AUGGGGCCAGGAACUGGGGAUGCUGAGAGCGAAGAGCCGCUGCAGGAGGGGAACCGUAAUGGUGACAUUAGACACCUGGAGACUGGAUGGAAGCCAGAACCUCGUCAUAACUGCAAGAGACGCACAGUCGCCCUCGCAAUUGUGUUCUUAGGUCUCAUCAUCGCUGUUAUUGUCCUGGCAGUGUUGUUCUCUAAGUGUUCUUCAGCUGCUCUAGGCCCUGCGUGCCCGGACGGCUGGGUCGGGUACCGAGGGAAAUGCUACUAUUUCUCCGAGACUGAAGGAAACUGGACUAACAGCCAGAGACACUGCUCCUCCCUCAGUGCCUCCCUGGCUGGGAUCGACAGUGAGCAGGAAAUGGAUUUCCUGCAGCGCUAUCAAGGCAAACCCGACCACUGGAUCGGCCUCCGGAGGGACCAAGGGCAGCCCUGGAAAUGGGCCAACGGGACCAAAUUCAACAACCUGUUUCCGAUAGGAGGAGGAGGUGACUGCGCGUAUCUGAAUGAGCUGGGUGGGGUCAGCAGCUUGCGAUGCACCAGUGAGAGACACUGGAUCUGCACCAAACCUGAUGCAUUUACACAAGCACAGGAGGCUGCCGCGGAAGGGGACUCGUAAGAAGAGUAUUGUAGAAUUAGUCUUGGAAAAGCCGGACUGAUCUCUUUACAAUAUCACAUCUGACCAGUUCCGGAAUAUCAGGAAAUGUUCUGCGCAUCACUGGGCAGAACACUGUUGAUUCAAGUGAAAACCGGAAAAGCCAUUUGCACAUCUUGAUCUCCUGCCACCUAUUUUUUUCUGCCAGUGAAACUGCUCAAAUCAGCCUUUCCAACUUACCUCAGCUGGACCAGGGACUCUGCUUAAUUGAGGAAAAAUCCACAAGUACUGAUGCCAGCUUCUGCUUUCACUGUCCUAACAUUCCGCCACAGAAACUCUUUACUAUAGAAAAUUAUCUAUGGAACUGUCAGGGUUCCCCACCCCACUCUCUGAACUCUGGGGUACAGAUGUGGGGAUUCACAUGAAAGCCCCCCAUAGCUUAUAUUCUACCAGUUUAGGUUAAAACUUCCCCAAGGCACAAAUUCCUUUCCUUGUCCUUGGACGGUAUCACUGCCACCACCAAGUGAUUUA